GGCAGCCCAAUGUUGGCAGUAAAAGCGUCUGGCUCGACAUUCAGGGUGUGUCUGUGGUCAAGCGGACUUUGAGAAAGAAACAGCAGCUGGAGGACGGAAAAAAGGAACAGUUGGGAAGUCUCAUAAGAUCACAGGCAUCUGAGCGGAGACAUCGAUUUCAAAUGAAACAGAGAGACUGUGAGAAAGAAGAUUAAACCUUGAAACAAUAGUAUGUGUGUGUGUGUGUGUGUGUGUGUGUGAGAGAGAGAGAGAGAGAGCGAGAGAGAGAGAAUGUGGGACUUUAAUUUUGUCCUCGCUGUGGGAGACUUCAAUCCAUCGUCCAAAUCCUCAAAACUAUUUUCUAUCAAAGUUCCUCCUCAGGCAGAGAAUGUUUGACUUGGAAAUGAAAGCAGUAACAGAGCGGAAGAGAGGAUAAAAAAAGAAAAAGAAGGAAAGGGAGCAUGUGUGCAUUUGAUGCCAAUUCCUCCAAGCUUGUGCAGCAAAGACUUUCACAAGUGCACAUUUUAAUGAUUCGUGCCCGUCCAAACGCCCACCUCAUCGUGCGCGUGCCCGUCCUCACGGAUGAGAAGUUUAUUCAUCAAAAGCAAUCAUCUGAAACUCUGAUUUUAUCCUGUGUCUUUGAGGACAUUUGUUGUGGCAUGAAAAGAAACGGCUGACUGUCAGACGACUAAAUGGAUUGAGACUCUCCAGUGGAAUAAAGAGAAAGAGAAGUGAGAGGGACAGAGAGAGAGAAAGAGAAUAAUCCAUCUAAUCCGAUCAAACCUUCUGCCGACACAGACAAAACUCAGCAGGAUUACACGAGCGCUAGCUGCUGAUGAGCUUUAGCGGGUUUGUUUUGGGGGCAAUAGACACUGACUGUCAGCGGUGGGCUGUGAAAACACUAAAACGACACAUCAGAGGUCAGACAAGUGGACGUCAGGUGGAGUGUAGGACACACUGUUGGACAGAUCUCACGGAAAAGGACCGUUUGGACUCGUAUCGGGACUGUGCAUAUGAACUUCACAAUCCUGGAGCAACAACGCUCAACUUUUGGCGUGGAAGACGUUUAAGUUGUUUUAGACGUAUGCGUAAGACAUCUUGGUGAUGUAAACUGAUGUUUGAAACAAGCCAAAUGAAAUGGCUAAAUUCUGCCAUGUGUAAAUCUAAUGAACUUAUCUCUAAACUCGGGCUUUGGAGGAAUUUGGCGAUUGUUUUUUAAAGGCUGGUGAGGCGUUAGAAAGGUGUUGAAGAUAUUUCGUGGAUCACAGCUGAGCAAGAAACCCGUUUGUGUUGGAGUUAUGUGCUCAUUAAAAGGUGUUUAAACUCCUUGGAAAUCCUAUUAGACUUCUUCAACGGGUUAUUUAUUAACUCUUGGUUGGGUUGGGCAGCACACGCAGAGCCGCUCAGAGCCACUCGCUCAUAAACGGAUAGAACAAACACCAGAAGACACGCUUGUAUCUCUGCAUAAACAGCCAUUUAAAAAAUCAUUCAUGUAUUUGAAUCUAGUAUUAGUGGAUCUGAUGUAAUCGGUAUUCAGCUGGUUGACCGAUGGCGCUUGAAAAUGUAUUAUAAUUAGAUAUGUUGUUGAGCACAUCACAAUAGCCAAUCUUCAGUCCAAUUAAGAUAUUUCUGGACGGUUUUUCCACUAGUGAUUUUUCCCCCGAGUUUCUUUCUCUCUUGAUCUAUUUUACGGAUUACUUUGAAUAUUCCUUUGCCAUGAGUUUGGGAAAGUUUCCUGCGAUUAAAGGGCUGGUCGCCACGUCUAACAAUAAACGGCGCUUUAAAAGCGAGCUAUCCGUGGACAUGAUCAGCCCGCCACUGGAGGACUUCCGACACACUAUGCACGUUGGCCGCGGUGGCGACGUCUUCGGUGACACGUCGUUUCUGAGCAACUACGGCGGUUCAACCAAUGCUGAAGGACCAGGAAACCCAGAUUCACCGUCUGGUUCAAAAACAUCAAGAUUUCUCUCGCGCACGCUACGACACGUACGGAAAACCCCGCAGGCCCGGCUGAGAGGAGGGUCACGUGACUUCUCUUCCCCUCCCCCGCCAAUAUCACCCAUCAUUAAAAACGCCAUCUCUCUGCCUCAGCUGAACCUGGACACUUCCAACGGCAGCCAGAAGAGGGCGCUGAUGCCCAUCUCCAUCAGUUCAGCCGAUCAGCCGCUCUGCUCGUACAGCCUUCAUUCUGGUUUUGUUACACUGCCUCGCUUUUCCCGGCUUGAUCAAAAUUUUGAAGAAACAUCUGGAACGCUCUGCGCAGACUACAGACUUCUCGAGAACGGUGACCUGACGCGUUCUGACUCGCUCACCUCCUUCACAGUGGACCUCGGUCCCUCCCUCAUGAGUGAAGUUCUGCAGUUGAUUGACAGCUCCAGCAGCCUCUUUAGUAUUAGUAAGAACAUGGAGAGAGAGGAAGAGGAGGAAGAGUCAAGCUCUAUGUUUGAGAUGGAGAGCCCAUCCAUCUCUUCUGUAGACAGUGUGAGGAUGUGUGUGAGCAACAGGGGGCUCUCCGACACCCUACAUGAGACUCAGCAGGAACAUGAUGAUGAUGAAGUUUGUAAACAGACAAUGACAGAUACAUCACUCAGGUGUCCAAUCAGAGCAGAGGUGAGUAUGGAGCCCAGGAGGUUCCAGCAGGCUGCUAACGUGCUAGUGCGUCACUUUGGAGGUGGCAGCAGUCUCUUAAAGGAACAGCAUCUACCUGAAGAAGAUAAUAACAGGCCUUCAUCAUUCAGCCACAGGAGGGCGCCACACACCUUCCCUGAGACAGAAGAAGAAAUCAAAGUGUAAAGGACACAAUAUGAGAACAGUCAACUAACAGACAGAAGUGUAAGAUACAAGGACCUGAAAGAGGCAUGCUCAUGAUAGAGACCACAAGUCUUUAAAGAGUUACUUUUAUAACCAGUUUAUAAUCAUGAAUAUCAUUUUAACCCCAUUAUUGCAAACUGUGCAGUUCUUUUAACAUUUUUAGUAUAUUGUUCUUCUAAAGAAUUGAAUAUAGCAAUGUUAGUGACCAGUGGGCACAUAUAUAUGCAUAUAUUGAGAUAAUAUUGCCCACUGGACACUUUCAAACUGAAGCUUACUUAUAGUUGCAUCUGCAUAUUAUAAAGUGUUUUAACACUGAAAACUGGCUAAAGUUUGCUAAAACAGUGAAAACAAUAUAAUCAUUUCUAAUAUUUUUGUCAUUACAAUGUAAUUUGAUAAAAGAAUGAUUAAAUCAUUUAUAAACCGUAACUUGUCCAGUUUUAUGAUUGCUGUUAUGUGCACAUAUGUGUAGGCUUAAUUUAUUUCAAUGACAGAUGUUCAUUAAUG